AGAGCUCUUGUUCCGCUCUUGAAACGCAGCCGCCAUUGCGGAUCCGACUUUACGGCAUCCGACGAACGUUUCGUCGUCAAUUCAAAGUGGUACCGCUCGCAUCGUCGUAUGUGAUCGUCGGAUACAUCCGCGUACCGCGUGAGUACGCGCUGUGAGAUCAGAGGAGAGAAACUCUGAUUUGACACGUGUGUGCGUGCGAGCUGAACACGCGUGUACGAUAAUACCUAGCGCCGAAAAUCACAGAUCCCGCACCUGUACAACGCGUGACGAGAAAAUGGGACACAUCGCUCUCCAACAAGAAUUACACGCGCCGCGGAACGCAGUUUUGCGGAUUCCUGGAGCAAAGCUUCAUACACGAAAAUAGAAAAAUAAUGAUCCGUCGAAUGUUCCUCUCAUUCAGCUUCUUCAACGUGAAACUUUUCUACAGUGCUGAUUACCGGUCGGAUCACCAAUGUUUUCGAAAAGAAUUGCCACCACCACCAGAACGGCAGAUCAUCCCUCCAGCCCGUUUGUUGGACUCUACGGAUCCAGAUGGCGAAAUGUCUUACGUGGCAGCUUUUACAAUCAGGGUUCAGUCUCGUCCGAGACAGAGGAGGAUGACGAAAAGGACAAAAGAAUCAGAAAAAAUGAGAAUUGGCAUCAAACAAGCAGUGGCAAGAGUUCUGACAUCGAGACAAUAGCCGAUCUUGAUAAAUGGAUCAAGACAAGCGGCACAGAACCUCCGGUAUCAUCAAAUAUAGAUCUAGACACAACCAAAGUAUUGGAAGGUAUGGAUCGUUAUUUAGAAGAAGAAGAUCUUGGACAUAGCUGUUUUUUCAACAAAGAUCCAUAUGGUCUGUCGAUUGACAUUGAUUUGGCUGAUACCAAGAAGCAUGAUCUGUCAACGGGAUAUGAUUCUUUAUUGCAGGAUCUGUCGCAAAGCGAAAAUCGGCUUCUGGAACCGCCUUGCGAAAAAGUUGUCGAUGAAUUUAUGCUGCCAGAAUUUCAUUUGGAUCAUUUGGAUCCGCUGACAGCACUUUCCUCCGACGACAUGAUAGUAGCUGGCGAGAUUCUGCCGUCCACAAGCAGUCAGUCAACAAUUAACGUAGAGAAUCAAGAUAUUGAGGAAAAUGCUUCAAAAACAGAGAUUCUGGAAGACAAUUCCGAAAAAUCAACAACAAAGAUAAAUAUUGAAAAUGCGAACAAGAUGGAAAUUACCUUGAAUCAACAAAAAAUUAUGGAUCAGUCUUCGGGAAGUUCUUCAGAACUCUUUGUCGAAGCUUUAGAAUCAGUCAAAGAAGACUCAUCAAAUUUUAUGACAAAUUCUGUACAAGUAGACAGUCAAGAUAUUAUAAUAGAGCAAUUAAAGUCCAAGACCAGAAUAAAAUUUGAACCGCGUAUCAUUAAAAAACAUCGGCAGGUGAAGGAGAAACUGGAGAAAAAGUUAGACAAGCCUAUCAAUGGUGGGAAUGUUGACGCCACGGAUUCGCAGGACAAUGUGAUGACAGUGGUUGCCAUAUCGACUGACAAAAUCUCCAACAUGACGCAGAUAGUCAUCAAUAAUGGCACGCAGAAGAAGAUAAUUCAGAGCAAAACCUCGGAGUUAAUUAAAGCAACCGGCAAUUUCCCAAAUCUACCUAAAAUAGAUACUUCUACAGCAGCUUGGAAUGGUACUGUUGAACACGGUACUGAUAAUGUUCCGACCAAUCAGUAUGAAAUUGUCAUAUCCAAUGCACUGGAGGAACUGGGUAUCACAGACGAUAGCUUGCAACCUGUACGCAUCACCGAGCACGACAAGGUGUGGCUUUGUCCCCGAGAUGGUUGCAACAGGCAGUUCGGCAGAUUAUACACUUUGAAAGGUCAUUUGUUAGCUCACUAUGGAGUUAGACCAUUUAAGUGCGACUUCGAAGAAUGCGGUUGGGCUUUUUAUUCCGAAUUCAAGCUGAAAAGACACAAGGAGACACAUCUGAAACGCAAGGAUCAUGUGUGCGAGGUCUGCAACCGUCGCUUCACUACCGUCUACAAUCUAUGGAGCCACGAGAAGUUGCACAGUCGUCCGAAUCGAAUCGUUUGCCAGGUGCCGGAAUGCGGAGAGAAGUUUCAGACCAAGCGAGCAUUGGAGCUGCAUAUGAAGUCGCAUGAUCAACGUCACGCGCCCUAUGUGUGCCAGCAUGAAGGUUGCGGCAAGCGUUACUACAGCAGCAACGCGUUGACCUCGCAUCAGCGUUCUCACAGCUACAAAGAGGUGGACAUCAAAUGCUCGUGGCCGGGUUGCGGCAAGGUUUUCGACAAACCGUGUCGUCUAAAGGCCCACAUACGCUCUCAUACCGGGUGCAAACCAUAUCACUGCACGUUUCACGGCUGCAUGUGGUCGUUCUCGUCGUCCAGCAAGCUCAAACGUCACCAGAAAAAACACACUAACGAACGCAAGUUCGUAUGCGACACGCCGGGUUGCGGCAAAGCUUUCAUGCGCUCGGAGCAUUUGAAGGAGCACCGACUUACGCACACGGAAGGUCGUUACUUUCAGUGUUUCGUGUGUGACGCCCGUUUUUCCGCCAAAAGCAGUCUGUAUGUGCACAUUAAAAAGCAUCAGCAAACAGCCAAAACGGACUUGAAUAUGAUUGGCAAUAACACAACAACGGGAUGUACCACCAGUGGUUUAAAACGCGCUAGAACGAAAGAGUCACAUGGUUCGCAAGUAAAAUCGAGUGUCAAGACAAAAGCAAAGUCCAAGAAUGUGAUAAACGUCCCGAAGAACGUCGCGACGGAGAACGUUGUCGAAAAGCUGAAUGUGACCCCCGAUAACGCGACUUUUGAGAACCAAGAUCAACUGAAGUGGUUUCAUCGUUGUCCGAUAGAAAUGUGCGGGCAUUUGAGCGCAACCGAAACAAAUCUGCGCGAGCACAUGUUGAAAGCGCACGAUAUAUUGGAUGACGAUUCGUUGAACAACUCGCCGCCGAACGCGGGCAUAGACUACAUUCUUUACACGGUGCAUUCUUCACCGAGCUCACCCGCAGCCGUUACAGAGGAGCAGAUGGUUAUGGUAUCCCCGUGCAACGCCGUGAUUCUCGGCACCUCGUCGGAUUGUUGCUUGCCGGAACCAGAACCGCCACCCUUCAACAACUUAAUGAAGAACGUGGAACCGCUUCGAGCCGAGAAACAAAUUCACAAAGAUACCGUGCUAAUUAAGAAGGACCAGAGGUCGGCAAGAACAGAUCUAACGUAUUCGGACUGGUCCAAGUUGAAGAAAACAGGUGCGGUGGUGGACUCGCUGGCGGACUCGUCGGAUGUUGUGUUAGAUGCGUCUAGUGACAUGAGCGAGGGCCUACUGCUCACGGAGGAACUGCCAUCGAUGUAUUAUCAGGACGACGCUGUGGGAACGGAGUACCAGGUGUUGUUGCUGGACUCGAAUCCGCUCGAAAGUACUGGGUAGUACUCGCGAAGUCUCGAAUAGGCUUGUUUGUUUCUGUGACGUACACGAGUGACGAAAUAACUUCGAUUCUCGCGAAUGACUUUCGCCAAUUUGACAAACUUUCAAAGAAUAGAAAGAGCAUUCUGAACAUGUGAGUGAUAAUUACUUAAGUAUAUAGCUUGAAAAAAAAAAACAAAAAAAAAAAACAAAAAAACAAAAAGAAGUAACACUCUUCUCUUUGAACAGAAAGAGAUGCGACAAUUCUUGUUACAUUAAAAACACACGUAGCUUUUUUAAAAAUUAGUAAUUCUAAUACAAACUGUGAUUUAUAAAAUAUUCAGGCCGCGAUAUUCGUUUGUACCCGUUUGCGGCCCGUAAUCGCUUUAAAUUGUUAUUUUAUUAAUAAACCGUUGAUAU